GUCCCCCACCCACAACACAAGGUUCACUUCUCUCAUGGAGUGGCUUGGACCAUUUUUUUUUUAGUGCGAUUGAGGAGGGCUUCAGUUUCCCCUCAAGUCUUGUUUCGGAGUUGGCUCUGCUUGGGUGGCAUGUCAGGACCUGGUGGCUUAGAGCCCCAGGACUUUAAUAACAGAUUGCUAGGAUUGAAUUAGAGGAACCCUGCUCUCAGGCCUUUAUGUUCAUAGAACUUAGACUGUCAGAGCUGUUUUAUCAGAGAGACAUUACCUAGACAUUCACCUUAUCUGACUUGCCAAUCAGGAGGUGCCCUCAGGGCUGAGUGGGAUUCUCUGAGUGGCUAUUCUGUUCUAACCAAGCAGCGGAACCUUCCUGCAGGAUCUUCAGUGGAAAGGAGAUGGGUGCACAGAACUCGAGCCACCUUGGAGAGAGACAAUGCCAGCACCUGAGAGGCCGGACCGAUGCUUUUCUGAAUCACUUCAUGCCGCAUUACCGAAGGCAACUUGCUAUGACCUUCCUGAGGCAAAUCUCAAGUGAGCUGACACCCCAGGGACAGACAGGAUACCAGCUAUUGAAGAGUGAAAAGCCUCCCCAGACCAUGAUGCACGAGGGAAUCUUGACCCAGCUGCAAGGGCACUCCCCGAAGUGGAGGGAAAGUUACUAUGUCCUACGUGGAGACUCCUCUCUGGAGUGGUUUGGUAGUAAAGAGGAGCAGAGGUGUGGCGAUGAGCCGCAGGGUUCCGUUGCUUUGACUGGUUACACACUAGUGGCCUCAUGGAGGGAAUGUCUCUACCAAAGGUCAACAGGAAACCACUCCUUUCAAGAUCCAGAUCCAAUCAUUGAGCCCCCUCUGGAAUUUCCCAUCUAUCUCUGCCACCCUUUCCGACAGCCCCUCUGCUUUUGCACGGACACGGUAGAAUCUCAGGACAGCUGGAAAUCUGUCCUGAGAUAUGGGAUUCGGUGCCGGGGGACAGUUUUACAGAGAAGAGAAUCCUCUGAAGCCGAGGCAUUUCUGGAUGCAGUGAAGUCUUAUAGGCAGGAGAAAGGCAUUUAUGGAGUCGACAAUCUUCUUUUAGGCACAGAUGCUGAGAUCCUCACCAAUCUGCUGAUGCGGGAUCUGUUGCCAAAGCUUCGGGCCCAGAAACCAGCCAUGCUCAGGGGUAUGGGAAGCCGAAGGAAAUGGGCCUGGAGGAAGUUCUUGGAUGAAGUUUAUAUUCUAGUAUUAAAACUGGUCUCCUCUGAGCUCCACAAUUUUCAUCAAGAAAAGGAAGAACUUCAGAAAGAGUUAGAGAAGAAAAUUCGUCCUGAGGCGGAUCAGAUGCUUGCAUUAAGAAAUCAGAUUGCUCAAAAACUUCAAACAAUGGUGUGUGGCCUUGCUGAGUCCUUCCUCUGCCAGGAAGUGGAGCCUCAGCUGGCCUGGGUGAUAGAGGAGCUCCUUGGCCCUGUUCGCCAAGGGGUUGGCAUGAUUGGCACACUCCUCAUUCAUCGAAUGGAUGGUCUGCUCAGGAACGUGCAGAGAAGUCGGGUUGUUGCAGUGCUGAAAGAGGAGGUUUGCUCACUGGGAGAUAUGCCCUGGGACUUAGAGCUGAUGCAGCCGUGCUACCAGAAGGCAGAGCUGUACUGGGACUGUCUCCAGGGUUUGAAGGAAAGAUUUGGUUUUCAUGGCACUAGAAACCUUGUCUUCAGUGCUCAGGAUCUCAUGCAACAGCUGAUGGAGAAUGCCGUGUACACCUUCCAACAGCUUUCAGACCAACAUGUGUCCUCAGCCACUCGUAGAAGACAAGUCAUCUGCCUGCUGGAAAAGGUCAAGGGUCGUGUGUUAAAAAAAUUUGAGUCUGACAGCAAAUUUGCUCAGAAGCAUUUUGUUCAAGAAUGGCUUGUCCAGAUUUUCCUUCCCUACCUGCUGAGAAGGCUGGAAGUGGGCUGCAAACUGGAGUUGCACAAGUAUGAGAAGUACGUGUUUGCAGACUACAGUCACAUCAUCACCAUUGAGAACAUUUAUGAGGAUGUAGUUCUGAGCUUCCUGAACCAGAAGGUGAAUGCAGGAAUGGAUACAACAGCUGAACUAAGAGGCUUCCAACCUGAGGAGAAGAAGAAGGUGACUGCAGAGACCUGUACUCAUGCUAUGUUUUCCAUGUGGAAUCUAGAAACCAUUGAUUCUCCUCCGCAUUGGGACCCAGACCCCCACCACGAUCUCCUUGAAGAUUCCCGUCGUGAAGGGGAUCGGGAAGAAACAGGGAGAAGGAGUAGGGAGACCUGCUUUACUCAGUGGCCACCUGAAUUGCUGGAUAAGGAUCCAGAUGAGACCGAAAGAAGCGUCCUUUUGGAGGGGUCGACUAUUGCCAUGGGCACGGACAUCUUCCAGACACAUCUGCUGGAAAUGGACGUGAAGGGGAAUGGUUCCAUUGGAUGGAGCCGGCCUACAGAGUUUCUGAGAUCCCAGUGCCCAGAACGAGAGCCAGCAAGGGGUGGCAGCCAGGCAGGGGACAUAGGAGCACAGCUGAUGGCUGAUGGAAUCUACUCCAAUGUCGCUGUGAAGACUUUACGUGGAGGACUAGAGAAAGGCAAGGCUGUGGUCAUGGAAACCCUUGAGGGGGAGGUGUUGUGAGAAAGGGCCUCAUUGCCCGUCCUGGAGGAAAGGUGGCCUGCCUUCUGUCUGUGGGGCUCAGGGACAGAAAUGAAAAUAAUUUCACAGGAUUCUAUUUCUGUA